GUCUAGUUUUUAUGCCCCAACGGAUCUUUUCCCUUUUGGCGCACUCAUUCUGGUUUCUGUGCGUGCUUUCCAAAGUAUUUUGACUGAACUCCUUAUAAACGGUGAGUACUCUUAAAGGUAGGUUGCGUUCUGUGCUUUUGGUUUGGAUUACUCGCAAGAGUUUAGUUGAAGGGCCGUGCAGGCACUGCACGAUUAGAAAUUGAGGUUGGUGAAGGUAGAUGCAUUGAAUGUGUGAGGAUGACAUGGAGAACAAAAAGCUUUGAUGCCUGUGGAACAUGGAUGGAAGUGAUCAUUGGAGGAGCGACGUGAAGCUGGCGGAUGCCAUCCGGCAUCGUUUUGGAGACACAUCGCAAGACGACAUACUUGCCAAGGACCGAAUCUUUCACAAUACGCCCAUUGGAAAAUUGCAGAGUCUUUUGUUGACGUGUCUGGGAAACUCUUGUGUUUGUGCUUUUGGCAUGCUUACGUUAUGUGUCUGUAUUGUGUUGCGUGUGGCUUUGUUUGCUGUUUCGCUCUUUUUUCCUGGGCCUUUUUCCCAUCAGAAAGUGUGCCACUCGACUUGGUGGCAAAUCACGUAAAUUUCAGCCAAUCAGCAGCCGCCAACGCGGUGACAAAUCAAUGUAGGCCUGCACCAAGACACCAACCCCUGAAUUUCCCCUUUUUCAUAUCAAUUGCGAGCGGCAUAUAAAAGCGAGCUGUCCCCAUUCCCCCCAAUGUUUUUUUCCUGUGCUAAACCAUUGGUUGCUGGGACGCGUCAUUGCGGACACAACUUUUGUCACACGCAUUGAAACCGCGCAAAUUUUCUAUCACCUCCUUUUUUUUUACCUCCUUUGGCCCUGGCCCCCCGCAUUCAAACAUUACGACUUUCCUAAAAGGUAAUUUUAUAUGAGCUGGAUGGGAGAGAGAUGAUUGGCCCGAGGUCCUUCGUUGUCCUUCGAUGGGCGCAGUGCUGCCAGGAGAGGCGGCCAUGAGGUGUAGAUUUAGAACGGCACGCAAGGGGUUGUGAUGGCUCUAUGGGAACGGGAUGGUAUAUAGGCAUGGGACACCUUUUCGCUUCCCCCCGCAGCUUUCUCUUGGCUGUGGGGGUACACGGGUUUCCAAGGCAACGACAUCACGUGUCCGUUUUCUUUUUCCUCCUGUCGGGUUCGUCGUCGAUUGCAAUCGAAAUUUCCACACGCCCGACCACUACGUCCGACCCUUUUCACGCCACUGCUUGGUGAGCAUCCAUGCCCGCCGACGCACUGUCGAACGAGGCAUCGUCGUUGUCGUCGUCGAUGGGAUAGUGUAGGAGAAAGGAGGACGUGCUGACUGCGCAUGGGAAAUGGCGGGGAAGAGGAGGUGACUGUGCCGAGUUCGACAUCCUUCGUCGUCGGUGUCCAGUAGCUUUUAUCAAAAUAAAGAUGAAUUAUCAAUGCAAGCAUCGGACAGCGACUAGGUUGGCCUGAACCUAGCCUUGAAGCACAGAGCAUCAUCCUCUACCUCGCCUUCCCCACGACUGCGCCCAAGCUUGAUUCUCCUGUGCUGCCUAGAGGAGGGAUAUGGAAGACGUGGGGGGUGGUUGGGGAUUCACAUGUAGUGGAAUAACCGCCAUCUCUUUCCGUUGUUCAUCAUUUUUCUCCUUUCUGGUUUUGUAGUAAACUUCCUUUCCUCCCGUUCUCUCUAUUCUUCCAUUUCGCUUACCUUUCGACACGACCUUUGAUUACAAAUAGCAGCUUUCCUGUACAAUUAUGAAGAUGGCUCUAGCAUCAUUGGACACAACACUCUCGGGUGCUCGCCACUCUGCGCAUCCUUCUCCACCGCCGGCAGACGAUGUCAAAGUCGUUACUCCAGUCAGUCCUGUGGAGGAAAAAUCAGCCCUCGUCAUGCUGGAUCAGCGCAUCGCUGACAGUUUACCACAAUCUCGAUCACCUUCUUCACUUCCCUUGUCACCUCCAUCAGAUCACCACCCCGCAUCCCCCGCACCGUCUGACGAAACAAGUGUCGUUGUCCCCGACUCCGCUGCAUCGUCCACCAUUCAAACAUCAAUUUCCAAAUCAGAAGAGAGUGUUGUACCCUCCUCUGUAUCACCAGCUUCGUCCCCUGCAGAGUACGCCCGAUCUGCAGUACCGGUCCUUGCACCAUCUGAUAUAAAAUUGUGUCGUCAGUUGCUCAACUCGCUUAAAAAGCACCACGCUGCAUGGCCGUUCCUUGCACCGGUUGAUCCUCUUGCUGUUGGCGCACCGGAUUAUUUCAAUGUGAUCAAAAAGCCAAUGGAUCUGUCGACCGUCGAACGGAAGCUUGCUGCACAAGAGUACACCAAAGUGCAAGAGGUGGCUGACGAUGUUCAACUCAUGCUCAACAACUGCUUCACAUAUAACCCCCCCGCCAACGCCGUCCACCAACUCGGCAAAACCCUCGAAACGCACUUCUCACUUCAGGUGAACAAACUUUUCCCCGCUCUCACCGUGCCUGGAGAUCAAACAACCGCACCUGCCUCCCCGCACGACGUAUCCGGGUCGAGGCGACAGUCCAAACGUCAAAUCAAGCCACCUCGUGUAUUUGAACCCGAGAAUAUCCCUGCAAAGAAACCCAGAACAUCCAUCUCUGGCCGCCGAAACUCAACUGGUGGCCCAGCCACUGGCCAUGACGACGAGAUGGAAGUUGACUCGAGCGAUGAUGAUGGCGUGUCGCAACAGAUCAGUACGCUUGCAUCUUGCUUGGAGACAAUUCACCAACAACUGGCACUGUUGACGGAGAAGAAAAAGCCGAAGCGCAAGCGAUCAUCAGGCGCCGGGCUUGCAGAAACCACUGUAAAGCGCCGUCGUUCAUCCAAGGCCAAAGUGUCUCGAUCGUCUACUGGAUCACCGGCUCCUGAACUGGCUGAUGACGAAAUCUUGCCUGCGGUCGCUGCAGCCGCAGGGCCAGAAAAACAGUGUGAAUACUGUGGUACCAGCGAGACUCCGAUGUGGCGCCGUGGACCGUCUGGAUGCGGUACCCUUUGCAACAAAUGUGGUGUAAAGUGGAGGAAUGGGAAGAUUAUGGGCGACAACAAAGUUCCUGAUGUUCCCAUUUACUCCGCCAACACUCCUUUCCGUCCAAAGCCCAAGGCAAGAAAGUUGGAUGCAAAUGGAAAGCCAAAGCCUCGUUCUAGGGGUAAAAAGGGUGGCAAAUCUAUCAGUUACGAGCAAAAGAAGGAAUUGUCGGAGCUGAUUGGAACUCUCACCGAGGAUGCCAUGACCAGCGUCUUUGAGAUUAUCCGAGCUGGUCUUCCCCAUCUCCGUGAUACGCAAGAGGAGAUUGAAAUCGAUAUUGAUACGAUCGACGAUAUCACCUUGACUGCACUAUACGAGUUUGUCAAGAGCGCUAGCAAAGCGCCAAAGGCUGCCCCUAUGCCAGUUGGUCCAAGGGGCCUGACCAGUUUCUCUCCCAGCGAUGAUGAAGAGUCUGACAGCGAUGGAUCUUCUUCGUCCGAUUCCGAUUAGAAGGCGUGUCGAAGUCUCCUGGGCGCUGAAAAAAAAAGACCUAAAAUCAGAAUUAUACCCAUCACUAGCAAAGCUGUAGAGUAUGCCAUAUGCAUAUUCCAGGCCCUUGCACUGCAUGAUAAGUUUGCAGAAGGAUUAGCAGGUCGAGAUUACGAGAGAUACUUAUGGAUUUUUUGAAAUCGAGUAUGCUCUCCUCCGUAAAGUGGCUACCUUCCUUGCACGAGUUCGUUGUCGUCCUUUUUUGUGUGUUUGUGUUAUUUGUGGCAUAGUUUGUAGUUGUAGUUUUGCGGGAAUGGAAGAGAAGGAUGCGAUGCAGCUUUUUUCUUGUCGUUGUGAAAACAGUUGGACAAUGCGAAUAUAUGCAGUGCAGUGUUGUAAUGUCAGAGGCAA